AUGUCACAACCCCACCACUGUCCACCAUUCCGCCGUGCACCAUCCCUCUCCAUCGCCUUUCUCCCCGCCCUUGAGCCCGUCGACGUCUUCCGUCCAGACUGCGCCCUGCCCUCGGUCAAGUCGCCUCUCUUUAGUCUUCGAAUACAUCACACGCUGCGCCGCAUCACAAUUUUGACUCGACUCAUACUCUUUUGUUCCUACUCGCUCGCACCGAUCCUGAGCAUCAUCACCACCUUACCAGCCAUGUCUUCUUCCCGUAACUCCUACACUUCUUCCUACACAUCGUCCUAUGCACAGGAAAAGGGCGCUUCCUAUGCCCCUCGCCCGUCUUCGACCACCUCUUCCACAUACACAAGCUCCUCGACCUCGUCGAAUCUGUACGCUCCCUCGGGCUACUCGUCACGUAACAACCGCUACGGCAGUAAACCCCCCGUAGUUGUUUCCCAAGGCGGUCAAUCCAAUGACCCCAACACCAGCACCUCGGCACCAAACUCUGGGUACUACAACUAG